GGGCUAUUGGGACAGUGACGGAUGCAUACGUAAAACUUCAGAUGAAAAGAUUACCGUUUCUGAAUGUGACAACCUCACAAACUUCGCUGUUCUAAUGAGUCCUUUUGUUAAGGCAGUUGAUGCCAGAGCGAUACGCAUUGUUUCGAUUGUUGGACUUUCAGUAUCUUCAUUUUGCCUACUUCUGACGAUUAUUGUUUUUGCGAAGCUUUGGAGAUACGUUCGGAGUGACAGAUCCAUUUUGUUGCUAAAUCUCAGCAUUGCACUUAUAAUCUCGUACGGGAUCUUCAUUGGAGGAAUCGACCGAACGGAAAAUAAGAUUGUCUGUACGGUAGUUGCGGCUGCGUUGCACUACAUCUAUAGCGCCGUCUUUUGCCUCAUGCUUGCAGAAAGCAUUGGUAUUCUGAGUGACGUUAUUCUAGUUUUUGCACAAAAUUCACCAAUCCGCCUGCUGUUAUUCAACGGCAUUGUUUUGAUUAUAUUAUUUAAGAAAAUGUUUGCUCUAAAAGCCAUGGUAGACAAGCCAAUGGUAGACAAGAUCAAGACAACUCUUUGGUCUCUGUGCGUUCUCGUGCCUCUGAUGGGCGUCUCCUGGAUUCUCGGCAUCUUCUACGUCAACGAGUCGGCCUCAUUCAUGCAGUAUGUGUUCGCAGUCUGCAACGGGCUGCAGGGCGUUUAUAUCUUCGUAUGCAACUGCGUGUUAAAUGAAAAGGUUAAAGAUGGCUUCAAGAGGGAGAAAGUAAGACGCUUAAACAAAUCGCUGAUGAGUGCGUUAUCACUGUAUAUUCGGUAA